GUACGUGGGGAACCUGUCAAGAGAUGUGACCGAAGCUCUCAUCCUCCAGCUGUUCAGCCAGAUCGGACCAUGCAAGAACUGCAAAAUGAUCAUGGAUACAGCUGGAAAUGAUCCCUACUGUUUUGUGGAAUUCUACGAGCACCGGCAUGCGGCUGCGGCGCUGGCUGCCAUGAAUGGCCGGAAGAUAAUGGGUAAGGAGGUCAAAGUGAACUGGGCGACGACUCCCAGCAGCCAGAAGAAAGACACCAGCAAUCAUUUCCACGUCUUUGUCGGAGACCUCAGUCCAGAAAUCACCACCGAGGAUAUAAAAGCAGCGUUUGCACCGUUUGGAAGGAUAUCAGACGCGCGUGUGGUUAAGGACAUGGCGACGGGGAAAUCGAAAGGAUACGGCUUUGUUUCCUUCUUCAAUAAAUGG